AUUUAUUCAUUUAUUUAUUUAUUUAUCUUCAUUUUAUAUGUCUUUCUCUAGAUUAUUUAUAUCUAAAAAUCGAAAAAUAGAUUUCGAAUUAACCAUUCUUAUUCAAGAUUUAACUAAUGUUCCUUUAGUAAGUGGCCUUUAUUAUGUUAAAUGGAGAAUAAAAAAUACAGUACAUAGUAAUGGCUCUACAGUGAGAGCACCUAUUAGAGAUCAUUGUAUAUUUUGGGGUCAUCCGAUUAGUACAAUAGCUCAUUUAGUCAUUACAAAGCAGCGUAUUUUGGGACCCUGUGAACUAAAAUUAGAAAUAUAUCAAGAAUUAGGCGGAAGUAAAGAUACGAUAUCUAUUGGAAAUUUGACAAUAAAUUUAUCAGAGUAUGCAGGCUCUGGAUUAAUUACUAGAAGAUAUUUAUUAGACCAUUGUAAAUUUAAUUCAACUAUAAAGUUGUCUAUUAAAGUAGAUCAGAUAUCAAAUACAUUAACUGAAUAUGAAAUACCUCCUUUGAAGAAACAGCAAAUAUUCACAGACAUUCCUUCUAUGAUUACUGAACGACAGCAACAAGCAAGAUCUUUAUUAGCUGAUGAAAGAUCAUUACAUUCAUCAUGUAGUUUUGGAAAUAACACAAAUAACGAAAAUAACAGCAAUUCAUUGUUGAAUAUAAAGAAGUCACAAUCUGCUAUUUCACUGGUAAGACAAAUAGAAAAUAAAUGAAAAUAAAAUGAAAAUAAAAUGGAAAUAAAAUAAAAUAAAAUGCAUAAAUUUUUUUUUAACGUAUAAUGUAGCCACAUUAUUGUCGGCAAGUAUCACCUUUUAAUAAUACAGAUGAUCCCUCUCCAACUGAUUUAGUAGAACAAUUAUUUAAUACAAAGUCUAAUACUGCAAUAACAACUAAGGCUACUGCAAAUUAAUAAUAAAUGAGUGCAAAAGAACCUGUAAUAAUAAAAUUGAAUAAGAAAAGAAUAAUAAACUUGUUUUAAAAUGAC